AUGGGAACCACAGAAGCCACUUUGCGGAUGGAGAACGUGGAUGUGAAGGAGGAGUGGCAAGACGAGGACUUCCCCAGACCUCUCCCAGAAGAGACGGGGAUGGAGUUGCUGGGCAGCCCUACAGAAGACGAGAAUACAUCCUCUCCCCCAAAUACUUUAAACUUUAAUGGGGCGCAUCGUAAGCGGAAGACACUUGUUGCACCUGAAAUCAACAUUUCCCUGGACCAGAGUGAAGGCUCCAUUCUCUCCGAUGACUUCCUGGACACACCAGAUGACCUGGACAUUAAUGUGGACGAUAUUGAAACUCCUGAUGAGACAGAUUCCCUCGAAUUCCUGGGGAACGGGAACGAACUGGAAUGGGAAGAUGACACUCCCGUAGCCACAGCCAAGAACAUGCCUGGGGACAGUGCAGACCUGUUUGGGGAUGGUGGGACAGAAGAUGGGAGUGCUACUAAUGGACGGCUCUGGAGGACUGUCAUCAUUGGAGAACAGGAGCACCGCAUCGACCUCCAGAUGAUCAAACCCUACAUGAGAGUGGUGACACACGGAGGAUACUAUGGAGAAGGUCUCAAUGCCAUCAUUGUCUUUGCUGCCUGCUAUCUCCCGGACAGUAACCUGGCUGAUUACCACUACAUCAUGGAGAAUCUCUUCCUAUACGUGAUCAGUAGUCUGGAGCUGCUGGUGGCUGAGGACUAUAUGAUUGUGUACCUAAAUGGAGCAACACCCCGGAGGAGGAUGCCAGGCCUUGGCUGGCUGAAGAAGUGCUAUCAGAUGAUAGACAGAAGGCUGCGUAAAAACCUCAAAGCAUUGAUAAUCGUUCAUCCUUCGUGGUUCAUCCGGACAGUGCUGGCUAUAUCCAGACCCUUCAUCAGUGUGAAGUUUAUCAAUAAGAUCCAGUAUGUUCACAGCCUGGAGGAACUGGAGCAACUUAUCCCAAUGGAGCACGUGCAGAUUCCAGACUGCGUCUUACAAUAUGAAGAAGAGAGGAUCAAGGCCAGGAAAGAAAGGGCAGAAGAGAAACAAGACAUGGCCGAGAAGGAAAGCAGGCCUGUGCCCCCAGCAGAGGAUCAAGAAACCAGGUUUGAUUUGUACCUCACUCUUUUGUUUGUCUCUCUCUGUGUGAUAGAUUUCAUUGCGUUUGUAAUCCACUAA